AUGGCUGACGAUCUUGAAGUUCACAAUGCCAUCGGCAAAGAUGUGAGCAAUCUUCGCUGCUGCGUGGCGUGCCACAGCGACGCAGACUCUCUCAAGAUGAAGGUAUUGAAUUGCUUGCACGCCAUGUGCGUCACGUGUCUCCGACAACAUUUGAGCAAUGACGGAACGGUGUCGUGCUUCAAAUGCCUGACUGUGGCAGCAUCAGGUAUGCCAGGAGUAAGACUGGAGGAAUCCCUAGCCGACUGGCCAGUUCAAAAGGUAGAGGUGAGAGGCAAGGCAAGUAGCGAGCUUCAAUCAUAUCAUUCAGAGAAACAGCUCGUAUGUCAAAGCCUAGAAUGCCAGGGAGAAUCUUCCCCGGCUACCUCGCUAUGUGUCGACUGUGGAUUAUACAUGUGUGAGGGACAUGAGAAAGUACAUUUGAUGAAGAGAAGCUGCUAUGGACACCAUCUCCAGUCAGUGCACACGAUGAGAACGGCAGCAGAGGGCGACACAGUAGCCGAUUCAGAAUUCCUCAAUUGUAGCCUGCACCCACAUUUUCUAGCGAAAUCCUACUGCAAGAAAUGUGAACAGUUGAUAUGUCAGAGGUGCUCCGAGCAGCGUCAUGCUAGCUGUUCACCAAGUAUGGAAGAGAUUCCCACAGCAGCUGAAAGAAAACGAUCUCAGUGGAAGUCGCUGCUAAGUAAUUCUAGCGACUCGUGGAGAGAACACCUCAGUGACAUGAAUGUGCACAUUGCAACACGCACCGCAGAAAUCAAUGAGAAAGUGGAGGCAUUGUCAGAGGAAAUUGUAGCUGAUUUCAAUACGCACAUCAAAAAACUGCAGCGCAGACAAGAAGAUCUUCUGAAUGAGCUGGACACUCGGCGCUGGAAAGCACUGCAAGACCUGGAGAAGCAGUCCAGCAUUGUGGAAAAGAACACCUUUCAACUGGAUUGCUGUGAGCAUCUCGUGCUGAAUCUCGCCAACAGUCAUCUCUUGACUGCAGAGAAGAUCCUGCAGACACACAUCAAGGAUGUUGUCAAUAGCAACGAGGCAGCUGAUAUUAGUGAUGAUCAUCGAGUGGAUGUUGAUUUCACUGUAUCCUACCGUGCAUUUGCAACGGAUGAUAUGGAGAAGAAGCGUACAUCACAGCUUGGACGUCUUGUCGACUUUGCCUCCCGCACAGAGUCAGUGUGGAAGAAUACUGUACAAGUGCAGCCAGUGUUCGAUCCAUUUAGCUGCGAACCUGCAAAGUUUUCUCUGUCGAGUGAUGGACAUGAAGUAUCACAUACAGAUGUUUACACUUUUGACACAAUCUCCACACUGGGCAGUUAUUGCCAUGGCGUGGUGGAGUGCUCAGCCCAGAUCAGUCGCCUUGUAACAGGGGUCUUCCUUGGGGUCGUUAAAGAAAGUUGUACAACACAUGCGCGAUGUACAGAAGAGAGGCCAUUCUUGGGUUGGUAUUGCUACACGAACUACCAAGAGUACAGUGCGGGCAACAACACAAGUCUUGGUCAGGUAUGGCAAGAUGAUGACAUCGUAGCACUGCGGUUGGAUUGUGAUCAGCACACACUGACAGGGACACACCAGAGAUCUGGCCAGAGUGAGACCAUUGCUGUGCCCAGCGGUAAGCUGUGCUUUGCUGCAGAGAUGGGUCACCUGACAGGGAUCAGGUUUUUGCCUUGUCUCUCUAGUUACUCACCUCUUGGUUUGUCCUGUGCCAGUGGUAAUUUAUCUCUGCUCUAG